GGAGGCUCCUUGCUUUCGGCGCUCCUUCCCUUCCCUUGGAGGCAGGGCAAUAUUCAGGCUUUCCCAAACGGCCGCCCUCCUCCUCCUCCUCCUCCUCGUUCUCGUCUUUGCGCUUGGAACCGGAGGAAGCGCAGCUGGGGCGGAGUUGCCGCUCCUGAAGCCAAAGCCGGGAGGGAAAGAGAGCAAGCCAGCGAGCGAGCGAGGCGGGAGAGGACGGACUCCAGGAGGUUCCCUACAAUAUAAGGAGCGAGGAGCGCCUUCGGGAGCCUGGAGACAAACCUUUGGUUGCUGAAAUGCGCUAAGAGUGAUCUCCAAGGGUUUCAAAACAUGGAAUCUACCAAAAUAUCACCAUCUGAGGAAGAGCAGUCUUCUAUGGAUAUCGAUGACCUCCACUAUUCGUUGCAAGCGGAGCAAGAGAAUACUCAAAAGAAAACCUUCACAAGCUGGAUCAACUCACAGCUGGAAAAGCAUUCGCCACCUUCCUUUAUCUUGGAUUUGUAUGCAGACGUUGGCAGGGGACACUCACUUUUGGAUUUGCUGGAAGUCCUUUCUGGAGAGCAGCUGCCACGUGAAAAAGGAUCCAACACUUUCCAGUGCCGAAGCAACAUUGAAAAUGCCUUGACUUUCCUGAAGAACCGAUCGAUCAAACUCAUCAAUAUCCAUGUUGCUGAUAUCGUUGAAGGGAAACCGUCCAUUGUGCUUGGCCUUAUUUGGACAAUCAUUUUGCAUUUUCAGAUUGAAGAGUUAGCCUGGACUCUGGCUGGUGGAUACAGUCACCCUUCUGUGGAGACUCCAUCUGCCACGGACAAUACCUCUCCCACAGAAAGCCCUCCGGCUAAAAGAAACGCAAAAGCAAAAGAGCGAUGGAAGAUAUCAGCCAAGAAAGCAUUGCUCUUGUGGGCAAAAGAACAGUGUGCUAAACAUGGAUUCAUCAGUGUUGCAGAUUUCAAGUCCAGCUGGAGGAAUGGGUUGGCUUUCUUAGCUGUCAUUCACGCCUUACGUCCAGGUUUGGUUGAUGUGGAGAAAGCAAAAGGACGGUCCAACCAAGAGAAUCUAAAGGAGGCAUUUGAUCUUGCAGAGAAGGAACUAAAUAUUCCACGGCUGCUUGAACCUGAAGAUGUUGAUGUCACCAAUCCAGAUGAAAAGUCCAUCAUGACGUAUGUGGCUCAGUUUCUGCAGUAUUUCAAAAGUUUACCUUCAGCUGAAGAAGAAGUUCAGGGGAAAGCGAACGAGACCUUGAGUUGGCUGGAAGCUCAAGAAAAGAAGUUAACAGAGUUGCAGACUGAGACUGACAAUGCACCCUUCUAUGAGAAAUACAAAGAGAUGAUGUCUUUUAUGGAAACAUUUGAUGAGGAGAAGAAAGCUUUCCUGCCUGUCUUGACAUCCAAAAGGAAAGCUCUGGAGCUGAGUGAAGAUCAACUGCAGAUGGGAGAAGCAUGGGACAGCUUGUCCUCACAGAUUGAUGAAUGGAAAGGAAAGCUGGACCAUUUGUUACCUCCGCCUUUAGAUACGAUUGAGUUGUGGCUCCAAGAUGUAGAACAGCAGAUGGCCGAAGAUCUCCCUGAUUCGCACCACCGCUGCAAGGCAGUGGAUGUCCUUCAAGGAAGAAUGAAAUCUCUCCAGGGCUUGAUGUCCUAUUUUGACCAGCACUUGGAGACCCUGCUGUCCUUUGAAAACAGAGAUGAGAUAGGCAUGCCACUAGUACCCCAUCAAAAGCUGGAAGAAAUUAAAAAACGGUUCAGCAACAUUCAGAUGACAGAUUACAGCAUCCUUGUGGAAUACUACAACUUAUUCUGCUCAGCUAUCUUGGAGGAACUGAUCUCUAAGCUGAACAUCUGGCACAUCAAGUAUGGGACCAAGGAAGAGGUUGAGUCAUUGCUUUCAGACUGGCAGGAUUUUAUUGAAGAAAAGGAAUUUGUUGGUCAACUAGAAGCUGCAUUUCAAACCUGUGAAAAGAAGAAGAACAGACUCAUCAGGACUUCUGUUCUAGGAGUUGACCCUGAUGACAUAAACAAACAAUUUAAGAUGCUAGAAUCCCAGAUUUCAAGAUGCAAAGAGUACAUAUACAAUGUGAAUGAAACUCUGCAAAAGAAAUUAUCAUCCUGGGCUAUCUAUACAGAGAACAUUCAGCUACUAAAAGAAUGGCUGGAAAAGACGCGGAAAGAGCACCCCAAAAAGGUUCCCACAGAGACCCUGGCAGCCUGGAACUCUAGACACGGAUCUCUAAACGAAGCUGGGAACUUUCUGAUUGAAUGCAGCAACGAGGAAGUGGGAUCAGUUGUUUCGGCAGAACUCAAAAAACUGAACACAAAAUGGGCUAAACUUAUAAAGAAGACACAGUUUGAGAUGAGAUUGCUGAGGAUGCAGCAGGAAGAGAUGUGUUUACUGUCUGACAACGAGAAUGCUGAUUCUCCUCCAGUGAAAACAGAAAUUGGCAUGCCUGGGCAGCAAGUGAAUGUCUCAGAUGAGGCUCUUGAGAGCCAAGUUGAGAGUAUGAAGGUUCUCCCAGUUGCUCCUUGCUCUGACUCCAUUGCACCUGAAGCAUCUGAAGCCUUUUUGUUACAGCAAGAGAUCAAACUGAACUUUGAGGAUUCUCAUAAGAAGCUGGAAGCUACUGUUUUGAAAGCUAUGCAACUGGUUUGCCGUGAAAAGGGUCCUGAGAGAUCAAUGUCCAAAUAUGAGGAAGCUUUUAGCAUCUUGGAUGCCGGCAUCCUUGGAGAGUUUUUGAAAGCAGCAGAACAAUUGAAAGACGUUUCAGCCACUCACGACAAAACCGUGGUGGAGGAAAAGAGCAAAGAUGUCCGUGAGAGAUGGGAGGCAGCUCGCAGAGAAAUCAUAUCCUAUAUUCAGUUUAAGAUGGAGUUUGAAAGAGGGCAAUUGAAUAAAAUGUUUACCAAGCUGAAUAAGCAGAUAAAUAAAGAGAAGAGGCUGCUUAACGCAGGGAGAACGAAAGGACUUCUUGAAGAACAUGAGGACAUGUUUUCUCAGCAAGGCAGGAUGGGCAAGUUGAACACUUGCUUACAAGCAAUGAAAAUGAUGAGUGAGAAAAUAGCCAUAGAAGAAAACGAGUCUGAAACAAAAAUGUUGGUUGCAGAAUAUGAGCAGAGGAAAGAAGACCUUCAGAAACGUGCAUCAGCUGUUUAUAAUGCCCUGGUGUCUAGGGCUUGUGAGGAUCUUUCAUCAAAAAAAGGAGGUAAAACACUAGCUUCUGCCAAUGGGGAAAAGGCAUCUUCUCAGUCUGCCUAUGAUGGUCUUUCUGCUGAAAAGGACCCACCGAGUAUUUCCAGUAUAAAAAUGGAAGCAAAAGAGAAAAUUCACAAUGGAAAACAUCAUGCAAAGAAGAGUAGAAAAGAUGAAAGCUUGGAUCUAGAAGUCUUAAAAGAGAGCUAUGACAGAGCAAGACAUAAAUUGAAGCUUCACUUAUCCAGUGUCAGAGAGAACAUAGUUCCUGCUUUUACUGCUGAUAUAAAAGAUGCUUCUUGUCUCCAGAAUAAGCUGAAUGAGUUGGAGGCCUUAGAGAGUCAAAGUGAGUCUUCGUGGAAAGUGCUUGAAUCCAUGUCUACCAUGCUAGAAAAGAGCUCAGGUGAAAUGGGGAAACCUGACGCCUUUGAACAAUCUCAGGAGGAAUUGUGCAGAGAAUGGAAAGAGCUCCAGUCAACUUUAAAUAAAAGGAUGGAAUCUUUAAAGGCUGUUUUGGCACUUGUCUUGCCAAUUGAAAAUGAGUUGGUUCAGCUAUGCAGCUCAGAAGAACAGCUUCGCAAAAGGGACAUACCACAGGGCCUGCUAAUGAAUAAGGAUCUUCCACAUAAAAAAGUGAAGAAAAUGCAGGCAUCUAUAGUAAAAUGCAUUGGAUGGUGCAACCAGAAAGAGCAAAGCAACCCCACAGGAGGGACGGUUGACCCAGCAGACUGGCAAGCAGCAAGCGCAAUGAUCAGUCAAUACAAAAUGCAAUUGGAAGAACUGGGUCAUAAGAUACAGACUGUUGAAGCAGUCUUGCAAGAUCUUGAAACUUUCCUGCCAUACCUGAGGAAGGUCAGUGGUCCUGUGGAGGCCUCAGAUCCUCUCAGUCAUCCUCAGCAACUUCUUGUCCAACAAGAGGUAUGGAAGAUGCAGAAAGAGGCCAGAUCUCUGGAUGACCGGUUGACACGUGCCCGUAUCCGCUUGGAAGACCCUGAUUCGGGUAAAAAGAUGACCUUCAAAGAGCUCGUUGCAACUUUCUGUGCAAAGGAAUUCCCAACUGCCAGCUCUGCAGAGACACUAGAGGUUGCCCAGAACCAGGAUAUGCCAAGCCAGGUUGACCAGAACCAGGAAGAAUUUUCACUAAAGAACAGCGAACUCUAUAAAAGUAUCCAAGAAAUACGCGAUAAAAUGUGUAAAAUAGGUUUAAGGGAUCCGACAAUUCAUGCCGUUCAGCAAAGGUUGAAGUCAUUGGCUGAACUCAAGCAGACGUUUGAUCGCCAUAUUGCAGACAUGGCUUCUUUGAGUGAAUUGGCCAGCCACCUUUCCCAAAAAGAGCUCAAGCACCAGUGGAGACGUACAGAGGAUUUGUGGAAGGAAAUCAAGCUCUCCAUUGCUGAAAAGCUGGAACACUGUGGCCGAGUGAUGGAGCUCUUGAAGAAUUACCACAGUUGCAAAAAUGGCCUCAUGAGCAUUAUUCUGAAGCAGGAACACGUCUUGUCCCAGCAAGCGUCUUACAUGGGGAAAGCGAACCUUCAAAGGAUAACGGCCAAGGUCAACAAGGCAAAACAGGAAUUCAAUAGCCAUUCGGAAGAUGUUGACCGAAUAAACCAGAUCUGCAAAAACCUUCAGUCCCAGUUGAACAAAAUUAAGACCUUUGAGGAGCCGCCCUUCGAGAAUGAGGCUAACGCUAUCGUGGACAGAUGGCUGGAUGUCAAUGAACGGACGGAAAACUAUUGCGACAAUUUGGGAAGAGCUCUGGCUUUAUGGGACAAGCUCCUUAAUUUAUCUGGCUUGAUCGAGGAAUGGUCAAAUGCACAACUGAAGAACUUAGAAGAAGAUGGCAGCCCGACCGAGAAGGAGCUGGCACAGUUGGAGGCUGGUUUAGAGUUCCAAGAGAAGAACUUAGAAGAAUUUGACACAAAGGUGGCUGAAAUUCAACAUCUCCUCAACGGCAGUGAACCUUCACUUGAAUUGCAGGUCAUCAAAUCCUCUCUUUUGAACAAAAUGGAACGAAUAAGAAAGCACUUACCAAGCAAGUCAAUACCCGCUGAACUCAAUGGCAAUACAGCAGAGCUAAAAGGAGACCUUGACCUGGCCAAGACGCAGAUUGGAAUGACGGAAUCGCUUCUGAAAGCUUUGUCUCCUUCUGACACUCUGGAGAUCUUUACUAAAUUGGAGGAUCUACAUCAUAAGAUACUACAACAGAAACACCACGUGGAGUCACUUCAGAAAGGGCCAGGUUAUUUGAACCCUGAAGUGGCUGAAUUACAGGAGCAACUUAAAAGUGUCACUGACUUAUUUAAUUCAAAGAAGCAAAUCUUUCAGGAUCACUUUACUACUCUCUUGAACUAUCAAUGUAAGAAUUUCGAUGAGUGGUUCAGCAGCACCCAGCUCUCUCUGGAGGAGUGUUUUGAAACCUCAGAAACAAAGGAGAUGCUUGAAGAGAAAAUUCAACAGCUGAGGAGCUUCCUGACUUCUGAAGGGAAAGACAGGGAUAUCCAGGAGGUGAAAACUCUCUUGAGCCAAGUGAAGCACUAUUUGCCCAAAGCAACUGUCCGCCAGCUGAGCAGUUGGGUGAGGGACAAAGACGUGGCAUUGCAGAAAGUCACUUCCAGAUGUCAGGCACAAGAAGAGGAGCUCAGCAACUCUUUACAGCGAUUUGCUAGGCUUGAAGAUGACUGCAGUAACCUGACAGAAUGGCUGCAUCUCCAGGAAUUACAAGAGAGUCAACUGGAGAAGCCGGAAUUUGAACACUUUUAUCUAACACUACUGAAAAAAAGAGAGUCAUUUGAUUUUCUUGCUUGGCUGAUCAAUUCUUUGAGGAGCUCUGGAUUCACCUGCGAUGAAGUGGUGCUAGAAUCUGCUCAGCUUGUCAACAAGUACAAGAUGUUGCUUGGCCAUGUACGUAAAAACCUUGCAGUUUCUAAGGUACUUUCAGCAGAAGGGAAGAAUUUUGAAGACCUUGCCCAAAAUGUAUUCUCCUGGGUGCAAAAGGUGAAUGAGUCGGUCCUCACGCUGAGCUCUGAAGACUCCAAGACACCUCUGGAAGAAAAGCUACGCCAAAUAAAGGAAAUUGUUUUGCUGAAAGAGGAAGGCAACGCCAAACUAGAAAAUGUUGCAGCUCUGGGAGAAAACGUCAAGGGUGCUAGUGGCAACAAAAAUGAAGCCAUUCAGCAAAUGCUUUCUGAUGUCCAAAAUCAGUGGGAGAGCACCAUCCGUCUGGCUACUGAAUGUCUGAGGCACCAAGAACAACUCCAGCAUCAGAGGAAGCAACAAAGGAGGAAAAAAGAGGAUGCAGGAGCAGUGCCAUGCGAUUCAGAGACACAAAAUCAAGAAAUAAGUCUUGAUCUGUAUCUUGACUCUGAGGAGAUGCAAAGUCAGUUAUCCAACUAUUCAGCCCUUCAAGAGGAAGCUGAAGAUUUAACCUUACUCUUAAAUGAACUAGCAAGACAGCACAGUUCCUUUGGGGUUUUCACUGGUGAUUCAUUCUCAGAGGAAUCAUUGAUGGCCUUGCAACAACUCCAUGGAAGUCUUGUGAACCGGUUACAGAGUACAGCAAUACUCUUAGAAGGACAUGUGGAAGAAUACCAGCGUUGCAAAGAGCUGAUGACCCACCUGAGAGCUACUCUGAAUGAGCUCUGGGAUCCCAAUGAUGAAGAGCCAAAGCAGAUACCGCAAGAUACUCUUUGUCAGAUUGAAGACACACUUCAGGGGAUUAUAGCUGCAGUUGAAGUCCUCAAAGAGGAGAUGUGUAAUAAGGAUGAGAUGGAUGCACCACACAGUAUAUACAACAAGCAUCUUAAAAUUAAAGUUGGGUACAUAGAAGAAGAGACUGUGAAUGUUCUGAACGAUGCCGCCAAACAAAAUAACAGUUUUUCUGAUGACGAGCAAACUCAAGAGACAACGGAUGAACUUUUCUUUGAUGCUGAAGAGAACAAUGCAAUGGAAGUCCAAGGAAGAAUAUCGGUCUCAGGAGUAGAGAUAGUUCCCCAGAAGAACCUUCUGCCUGAAGACAAAAUCCUUACGGAAUAUGCUGAGAUGGAACAAAAGGUCAAUGAAAUGAAGCUCCGGACUGCAGAGUUAGAUAUUGUGUUGGUGAAUGAUCACCUCAAAGAAAUUGAGUCGUUGUGUGCUCAUCUGGAAAAACAGAAAGCUGAAGCUUUGUCACUGUUACAAGGAGAACACGUGAAAGCUGGAGGAAGCAGCAAGUCGGAUCCACAACAUGUGGCUUCUUCCAAGUGGGAUAAACUGCUGCAGGACUUAAUGACUGUUAAAAAGGCCAAGGAAGAACAGCUGCAUUUAGUUAAUAACUACCAAGAAUGCUUUGCCACUGUCCAAGCUUCAAUGAAACGUUUCUCAACAGAAAAAGAAAACCUAAAAAUAAGGGGACCAAUGGAGGAUACUGUUCUCCUUGAGAACAUUAAGAAGUGCUUGACAUCCAUAGAAGAUGAAAGAGUCCUUCUGAACAAACUGAAAACUGAACAAGAAAGUCUGUCUAGACAUCUAACCAAGAUGGACAAAGCAUUAAUAGAAAGCCAAGUGGAUCAAGUAGAGAGAUGGUGGCAGCAAAUGGAAGACUCACUUCAAAAGAAACAGCUUUGGGUUUCGGCAGAAGCUGAUGAAUUCAAACUCUUUACAGACAAAAUUCAAGACCUCCAAAAUCAGCUGCAAGGGCAGCACCGAUUGCGAACAGGCUUGGAUGCACCCAAUGGAGGAGACUCUGUGUGCUUGGCACUGAUGGGCCCAGAACUACAAAUGCUUAAACACAGUGUUUCUGUGUUGAGAAGAGGCAUUGACAUGCAGAUGAAAAGGAUUUGGAGUGAUGCAGGGAAAACAGCUCUAGAAAGUCGAAUCAACGAUUUGCAGAACCAAGUGGAUGAACUGGAGCAGCUGACUCCGAAGGAGGAAGUCCAGAUGAUGGGCAACUAUUCUCACAGGCCAGAAAUUGCCAAGAAGAUCGAAGAGGCCAUUUUAUGGGCAAGAGUCUUAGAGCUCCAGCUUGAUGAGAAGGCAGCGCUUUUCCCAGGUGAACUGAUGCUGCAGAUCCAAAGCUUCCAGGCUCUGAUCAAUGUUGCUAAAGAGAGAGAGUCAGUUGUUAUGAAGCUGGUGGAGGAAGCCCAUCUUGUCGCUCCCCAGCUGGCGCCCAGGGAAUUUUCCGCUCUCGGCAUUCUUGCGCGUGAGUUGCAAACCUGUCACCGGCGUCUUGUGCUGAAAUUGGUUCAGAAGGUGCAGCAGCUGAAACCGCAGUUUGAAAAGAGACAAAAGCUUUUUGCAGAUGUCGAAAAAGUUCAGAGCCAACUUUGUAAGGCGGAAAGCAUGUCCAGACUCGAUGCAGGUGAAGCAAGUGUCGAAUCCGAGAUGGAGCCAUGGCAAGUCAUCUCGGAAGAGCUCUCUCAGGAUAUUCAGGAAACGGAAGGAUUAGUCGAUGCAAAUUGCAAAGAUCCACCUCAGGGGCUAAAAAUAUUUGAGCAUUUAUUCCUCAGUGAUUGUUUACAAAGCUUCAGAAGCAGAGCAAAAAGGGCACUCAGGCUAAUCCAGAUUAAGGACUAUACAGUACAAAACAAGAUAGACACCUGUGAAAAAUUCUCAGACAAAAUCAUGGCACUUCAGCGGGAUCUCAGUAGCCUUUGCCUUCAGUGCAAUGAGCUGGAACUGGAUCAAAAGAAAUUGUUCCCUAUGAAUCAAAAGUUUAAGAGUAAAUGGAAUGCACUUAGAGAAAGAGCAAUAUCAUUCCUGGAAUGUUUGACAAGCCUAGACAGAUACAAGGAGAUCUGGGAAUUCCUGGAUCUGAACUGGGAUGCAUCGUGCCUUGGAGAAUUGCAAAGCCAACUGUGCAAAAUGAAAAUUCACCUUGACCACAGGGUUAAAUGCUUUGAGAGUUUCUGCACAGAGUAUGACAGACAUCAAACAGCACUUAAUGAAGCGGAGACUAUUCUAUCUAAAAUACAGAGAGAUUGUGAUGCUCUGAAAGACUGUUCAGAUGUCACCUCUGAAACCAAUCUGAUACCAGAAAAGAUUUGGAGCUGGCGAGUGCAGCACGCCAAACGUUUAACUCAGGAAGCACUCAGACUAUUAGAUACAAAUGAAUCUCUUUCCAUCUCUCUCAAAGAGGCCAAAAUGCAAGAAAUAAAAAGCUUGGGGGCAAAAAUAGAAGGAGUGACUCAGAUGAUCCAAUCCAGGAUAUUGGCUGCUCAAGAGAAAUGUCAACCCGAACAAGGGCUUCAGAGUAUUGUGAAUCACAGUCUGGUGACCUUAAAGCAAAUUCAGUCUGAGCUCCAACCGCCCCUUUUGCUUGACUUGGAGAUUCAGAUGAUUCCCUGUGAAAAGAUGUACUGCAAAGUCCUUGAAGAUGCAGCAGAAGCAGAAUAUUGUGCUGUGGAAGAGAUAUUAAAAAGAGAGUCUGAGGAAGAAAAAAGCCCCCUCCUAGAUAUUUUGGGGACAGAAUUAGAGACACUGCGAAAUCUGAAAGAAGAGUUGAAAUCUGAUAUUGCUGCACGUAGGGACGCCAUAGAUAAAGCCUUUGGGACUGUGAGGUGUUACAGUGAAGCUGUCCAAAAAGCUGUUGACCUCUUCCAUCAGUGUGAAGAUCUUCUUUCCAGUCCUAAGCUCAGCUUGGAUGAACUGGAAAAGGAAUCCCUCCUCCCCAUUCUCCAGAAACAAGAGCAGUUUGAGGCUGUAAAGACUGAAGUGGAAGCUUUGACCUCUGUGUUGGAAAAGCAAGUUAAACCAAGAGCCAAUCUGCACCUGCAAAAAACACUUGGGGAACUUGUUGCUGGGAGUUUAAUUGUAGGAGAAAAGGCUCAAAAAAGAAGAUCUGAUUUGACGAGAUGUUUGGAAAAAUACCAACAUUUCAAAAAAUCCAAAGAUGCAAUCUGUGCUGAUCUUAAUGAUGUGAAAAAAGUGCUUCAGAAAGCUUUGGGCCACAUUCCAGUGUCUUAUAAAGAAGCUCUAGAGUUGUCAGAACAGAGCAAGAUGCAGGUUUCUUGCCUUGUUUCAACUGAAGAGGAUCUCAUGAAACUGAGGCAAGAUUCAGGACACCUGGGUUUGAUGUGCAAAGAAAACGAUGGUGUGCUGAUGGGCACCGUUGCAUCAACACUGUGGCUAAAGUGGCUUUAUCUACUUAAUGCUGCAAAAGAAUGGGAGGGCACAUGUGAAGAACAGAGCCAGGAAUGGAAAUCCAUCAGUGAAGAAAUGGAACGGGAAACAAUCAUUCUCGACAAUCUACAGGACGAACUACCUGAAAACCCAAAAGAAAAGGAAAGUGCCACUAAAGAAGAGCUGGAAGAAUUUAUGGAUUGUGCAAACUAUUACAAAGAAAGUUUGGAUGCUGAGAAGUUAUUGCUGCGCCUGAUCCUUCAGCGCUUAAGGAGCAUCCUAGGUGUCCCCGAAAGCCCUCCCGGGAAGAAAGAAGACAUUCCUGUUGUGCAUGAAAUUCAGGCCAUGCAAGAACGGAUCAAAGAGAUCCGUGAAAAAGUUCAAAAGCAAAAGGAUGCUGUGCAGUUGGAAAAAGAAGACCGGGCCAAAGUUAAUGAAGAAAUACAUGCCGUGAAGAGUUCGUUAGAGAAUAUAUUCUCUUUACUCCACAGCGUAGAUGGAGAAACCCUUAAUGAAAAGACAGCAAAACUUGAGGAGAUUCGGAGAGUUAUCGGUCCUCGGAAGCAAACUCUUGAACGGAUCAUGGAAAAACUACGGAUCAAGUACGCUGACAUGUAUACAAUAGUUCCUGUUGAGAUUGAAACACACUUGGAAGAUUGCAAAGAAACACUGAAAGACCUGGAAGAAAAGGUCAGCGAUGAACUCCUGAAGAACUCCCCUCGCUAUAUUACAGAUAAAAAAAUUGAAGACAUUAACAAAGGCCUUCAAGCUGUUGAAAACAUGUUACAACAGAAGAGUGAGGGCAUUGAGAAAGCCAAAGGAAUCCAGAAGAGAAUCUGGGAUCUCCUAGAUCUUUGGCAUUAUAAAAUGAAUGAACUGGAUGCAGAAGUUCAGGACAUAAUCGAGCAAGAUCCUUGCCAGGCUCAGGAUCUGAUGGAUCGCUUGAUGAUUCCUCUGCAGCAAUAUCAGCGAGUCUCACAACUGGCUGAACGAAGGACUACAAACUUAAACAGGGCUGCUAGCAAGAUGGAAGAAUGUGAUGAACUGCUGAAGAGCACCCGGGCUUGGAUCGAAAGCACCAAUAAUUUGCUCACAGAGGAAUGCAAAGGCGACUCUGCAAAAACUUUGAAUAAAUAUGCCACUUCACUCCAGAUUGCAUUUGAAGACUCAGAACAAAAGGAAACCCUUCUCAGUGCCAUUUAUCCAGAAUUGGAAGAGUUGUCCACUUUAGUUGAAACCGAUGCUCUUUUGCGGGAGCUGAAUAAUGUUGGCAAGGAAGUUAAAGCCUUACAGGAAAAGAUAAUGGGCAUUCUUCCACAUAUCCAGCAUUUGGCUGAUGAGGUGGAAGCUGUUGAAUCUGAAGUGAAAAAAAUGGAGAAGGAUGUGGACAAAAUCAAGACCAUCUUGUCCCCUUCAGAAGACACACUCGAUUUUUCUCCGAAGGAGCAUCUUAAACACGGCCAGGUUAUAUUGGUCCACAUCAGUUCCAUGCAAAAUAAACUUAUGGAUAUACAAUCCUUUGAGGAAAACUUGAAGUUACCAAAUAUGAAGAUGCAACCUCUGUGUGUGUUCCAAAGAAUGAAACAACUUCUGAAAGAGUUGAAGAGGUUGGAAAGAAUUACCAAGGCGCAAAACACACUUCUUGAGCCAAUUGUGAAAGAGGUUGAAGCCAAUGAGCAAGAAACGGACUGUGUGAAACAACUCUUGUUCCCAAAGAGUGACUUGGGUGAAUUGUCUGCAGAAUCUCCUUGGCCUGGUGAGGCUGCGUCCCCAAAAGAGGGCAUGGAGAUGGAGGAGAUACAGCAACGGAUUACCAUACUGUGCCAGAAGAAAGAGGACAUUCUGAUGUCUAUGAAGAACUCCUUGAUGGAGCUUCACAAGCAGCAAGAGCAACCUGAGCUGGAGGAUGACACUGAGGAAUCGCAAGAGCCGGAGGAAAACGGAGAGGGUGCUGAAUGGCAGCCAAAGAAACGAGGGUCGGCAUCCCUUCUGCCUUCCUUGGCUGAAGAAGCUGAAGACAAUUCAUUCCACAGUUCCCAGGGUGAUGCUGAUGAGCCCAGAGACAUGCACAUUAAACCUGACCAGGAGAACAAUUCCUUGUUCUUUCAGAGAAAAGGGAAUGAAGAGGAACGUCGUGGUAAUCAGACGAAGGGUAAGCCCUCCACUGAAGUCACAAAUAUUCCAGAAUGCUUUUGGACAUCGCUGCAAGAAUCCAAGGAAACUGUGGACUCUGAUGGACCUGAGUCUGACCCUGCGCAGGUCCUUCAUGUGUGCCAGGCACAAAUUGCUGAGCUGGAAAUGUGGAUAAAACAAGCCAAGGAGUCCUUAGGGUCAGAAGCCCAGACUGGUCAAAUGCAGCAGGCGGUGGAGCAGCGUCUUGCUGCGUGCCAGAUCAUGUUAUCAGAGAUUGAACAGAAAGUGGCGUGUCUAUUGGAGAAUUGCAAAGACAGGCCUGCCAGCGAUUGCCCAAAUCUCCAGGAAGAAGCCGAGAGCCUUUCCCUGAAGCUUAGAGAUGUGAAGCUCAGCUUGGAAAAAGUCCAGGGCAUGCUCCAAGACAAACACGCAGAAGAAGAGGUAAGCUUUGGAGAAAAGACCUCUGAGAACUCCUCACAACAUCUCUGCUUUGGUCUUUCCAGUAUAUUUCCACUCAUUUCCUCUGACAGACCUGUGCUCAGCAAGACAAAUGGUUUACAGCACCAACAGGAGCUCUUCUCAGAACUCUCUGAACAAAGCAAUCUAAUUGACUUCAUUGAAGUGUAUGUGGGGAAGAUGCAGCCACAAUCUGAGCACAGCACCAUUUUGGAAUUGCAACCAAGCCAUGAGGCACCAGUUUCAAAAGAUGAGCCCAGUAUUCUAACACCAAAGGAUCAAACAGGUGACAAGUGGCAAUAUUUGCAAGAACAGCUGUUGUGCAAGAAAAGUCCUCUUCACUUUGAGCUUAUUGAACCUCAGAUCUCUACCAAAAUAAAUAUUCUGCCCAAGGGUGCCACUUCAAGUGUGAGAACGCCAACCGUUGAGGAGCUGAAAAGGUACACCGCAGAACUUGGCAGCCUAAGCCAAAUUCAGGAAAAUGUAGCAGGAGAUGUUUCGCUCAGCUUGGACCAAAAACUCUUUGAGCUGCUCCUGGCCAUCAGCCGCUGCCUGAAUAACAUGGAGCAGAUGUUAAGCACCUGUGCACUCACCAGCGAAGAAGCUCCCAUGCAACAGAUACUCUAUGAGACUCUUUCUGCAGAACUACAAAAGCUUCAUGCAGAUAUUGGAGAUAAAAAGGAAGAUCUUUUGAAGUCGAUCACUUCCGCUGGUGGCAACCCUGAGAGAUUCUCUCAGUGUUUUAGCAACUUGCAGGCAUGGCUACAACAGACAGAAGCAGCCACUGCUUCUAGGAGCAAAUGUAUGAAAACCGACCUGGACCGUUACAGUUUUUAUCAGAACGAAAUCAGGGAAUUGUAUGAUGAGUUGAUUAAGAAGAAAUCCAUGAUGCAACAGUCCUUUGGUGCAACGAGUAGCCAUGACAUUUCCACGAUGCUCCAGAUCACAAACAACUAUGAGUUGGAACUGCAGAACUUUGAAACUCGGACAGCUAAACUAAGAGAUCAUGGAGAAAAACUUCCUUUGCCUGUUGCCCUAGUCCAUGAAGUAGAUAAAUUAGAGGAAGUAUUGGAUGACCUCUGGAAGAUCUUGAGAGCCAAACAGAGGGAGCUAACAUCACCGUUGAUUAGUGAGCAGCAGUAUGAAGCUUUGUUACAGGGACUAACAGAGCUCACAAAUCUUGGCCGAGAGAAAGUUAUUCAGAUAUCCAGCCUGAAAGCUACCAGCCAGACUAAUUUACAGUUUCACCUAAAAAAUCAUAAGAGCUUUUUCUGUAAUCUUAAGACUCACAUGCUACGUGUGCAGAUGUGUUCUCAAAAAGUGGCACCUUCAGUAUUACAAGAGAGAGAGAAAUCCUGGAAGGAGAUGGAAAAGAAUAUCAAUUCUUUGGAACAGCAAGCGAUCCAACAAGGAACUUGUCUGGAAAUGCUCUUACAGGACUGGAUAGAAUUUGAUGAGAAUUACGUGUCCUUCUGUCAAAAACUGGAGGCGCUGUCUUCUGAGGUGCCUUCUGUGAGUCUGGUGGAAGGAACAGAGGAAAGGCUAAUGGAAAGGACUCAGCUCCUCCAGCAAAUCAAGAAGAAUAUUGAAAAAGAAAAGGCCAGGUAUGGUCAGCUGGUGAAAGAAGGGAAGGAUCUGAUGGAGCUUGUGAAAUGUCCUGAAUUGGAAGGCCAAGUUGGAAACCUGCAAGAGCAGUGGGCAUCUCUUUCUCAAAAAGUUGGCCAUGAGCUCCAGAGACUUGAUAGCUUACUCAGACUCUUGUCCAGCUAUAACCGAGAAUCCAAGGAUUUGGAUCGCUGGUUGGCAGUAGCUCAACAGCGUGUGAAUGACUGGAACGAGCAGUCGCUUGAUGCAUCCCAGGAGCUCAGCACAGUCAGAGACAAUAUACAGAGCUUACUUGAAUUUACUAAAGAAAUUGCUGAAAAAUAUUCCUUGAUGUCAUCAGUGCUGAGCACCGGCAAUCAGCUCUUGCUUCUCAAGGAAUCAGAUGCUGCGGUGCUGCGGUCGUCUUUGACAGAGUAUGAACAGAAGUGGGCUGAUCUGACUUCCCAGUUGCCAGGCAUCCAAGAGAAGUUUCACCAGCUCCAGAUGGCAAAGUUGCCAUCCCAUGAGGCCAUCACAGAAUUGACUGCCUGGAUGAACCACAUUGACCAACAAAAAAGCAACAAGGCUACUAUUGAUUUGCAGAGUUCUGCGGCCCAAGUGAAAGGCCUACUUAAAGAAUACAAGGAAUACCUGUUAGAAAUGAAUUUCAAACAGUGGGUAGUGGAUUACGUCAACCAGUCACUACUACAGAUGACGACUUGUGAUGUUGAAAGCAAGCGCUACGAGAGGACAGCAUUCGCAGAGCGUCUAGGGGAAAUGAAUUUGCAGUGGCACAAUCUGCAAGGGGCUCUUAACGAAAAGAUAAAGGAAUUGGAACACAUUUUGGAAUGUGUUACUGAAAAUGAAAGCAAAGCCCAAUCUUUGGGCAGCUGGCUAGAAGCACAAAGCAGACAGCUCAACGAAGCAGUGAAACCAGCAAGUUCUCUCUUUGCACGGGAUACAUCAGAAGUCUGCAAGGUAGUAGAAAACGAGCUUGCAGCUAAGUCGAAGGAUGUGGACCACUUGAAACAAAUGUAUGCACUUGUAGAACACAAUACCGAAGCUUCUGAGAAGCCUGCGUUAGAUAUCAAUCAUUUGGCUGAACUGAGGGCUAAUGUAGCCAAUCAGCUUGUGCAGUUGAAGACCUCGACACAAUCUGCUCUGGAGAACUGGAGAAUAUAUGACGAAGUCUGGAGAGAAGUCAGGCAGAUGCUUGCAAGAGCUUUGUAUUACAGUGAGCAUAGCAAGCCUUCUGUGAUUACCUUUGACACUGUAAAGAACCAAGUAGCAGAUCUCCAGGGUCUCCAAGAUAAAACAGAAAAUAAUGAAGAAAUCUGGGCUAGGCUCCAAGCUGCUGUGGCUAACCUUAAGAAGCUGUGUGAUCCCUUGUUUUUACAGCUUAUUGAACAUAAAAACCAAAAGGCACGGACAAGAUGGGCAUUGAUAAACAAGGAAAUUGAAGAUCAACUGCAGAAAGCACAAACUUAUUUACCCCUUUGGAAGUCGUAUGUAGAUUUGUAUGCUGAAGUGUCUGCCAAACUGGACAAACAUGAAGAACAGUGCAAUUCCCUUUGGGCGGUAAACAUACCUGCAGGCUGUACAAGAGACUUCCUCAACGAGAAAUCACAGGAUGUGAAGGUAGGUCCAUGGCAUUGUAACAAGAUCUGGUUGAUAAUAACUGACACAGAGGUGGCUUGGCUUGAGGGUUUUGGGAGCUACAAAUGCAACCCAACCUUCACUGAACUGACUGAGGUCGUGAAGGCAAGACCCCAAGGUGUCAUCGGCCGACGGCAUCUAAGAGAUACCCCCCUCAAGGGGGAAUUUACUAAAGAAAUUGCUGAAAAAUAUUCCUUGAUGUCAUCAGUGCUGAGCACCGGCAAUCAGCUCUUGCUUCUCAAGGAAUCAGAUGCUGCGGUGCUGCGGUCGUCUUUGACAGAGUAUGAACAGAAGUGGGCUGAUCUGACUUCCCAGUUGCCAGGCAUCCAAGAGAAGUUUCACCAGCUCCAGAUGGCAAAGUUGCCAUCCCAUGAGGCCAUCACAGAAUUGACUGCCUGGAUGAACCACAUUGACCAACAAAAAAGCAACAAGGCUACUAUUGAUUUGCAGAGUUCUGCGGCCCAAGUGAAAGGCCUACUUAAAGAAUACAAGGAAUACCUGUUAGAAAUGAAUUUCAAACAGUGGGUAGUGGAUUACGUCAACCAGUCACUACUACAGAUGACGACUUGUGAUGUUGAAAGCAAGCGCUACGAGAGGACAGCAUUCGCAGAGCGUCUAGGGGAAAUGAAUUUGCAGUGGCACAAUCUGCAAGGGGCUCUUAACGAAAAGAUAAAGGAAUUGGAACACAUUUUGGAAUGUGUUACUGAAAAUGAAAGCAAAGCCCAAUCUUUGGGCAGCUGGCUAGAAGCACAAAGCAGACAGCUCAACGAAGCAGUGAAACCAGCAAGUUCUCUCUUUGCACGGGAUACAUCAGAAGUCUGCAAGGUAGUAGAAAACGAGCUUGCAGCUAAGUCGAAGGAUGUGGACCACUUGAAACAAAUGUAUGCACUUGUAGAACACAAUACCGAAGCUUCUGAGAAGCCUGCGUUAGAUAUCAAUCAUUUGGCUGAACUGAGGGCUAAUGUAGCCAAUCAGCUUGUGCAGUUGAAGACCUCGACACAAUCUGCUCUGGAGAACUGGAGAAUAUAUGACGAAGUCUGGAGAGAAGUCAGGCAGAUGCUUGCAAGAGCUUUGUAUUACAGUGAGCAUAGCAAGCCUUCUGUGAUUACCUUUGACACUGUAAAGAACCAAGUAGCAGAUCUCCAGGGUCUCCAAGAUAAAACAGAAAAUAAUGAAGAAAUCUGGGCUAGGCUCCAAGCUGCUGUGGCUAACCUUAAGAAGCUGUGUGAUCCCUUGUUUUUACAGCUUAUUGAACAUAAAAACCAAAAGGCACGGACAAGAUGGGCAUUGAUAAACAAGGAAAUUGAAGAUCAACUGCAGAAAGCACAAACUUAUUUACCCCUUUGGAAGUCGUAUGUAGAUUUGUAUGCUGAAGUGUCUGCCAAACUGGACAAACAUGAAGAACAGUGCAAUUCCCUUUGGGCGGUAAACAUACCUGCAGGCUGUACAAGAGACUUCCUCAACGAGAAAUCACAGGAUGUGAAGAAAUUACAACUUGGCCUUCAAAACAUCAAAAGAAGCAGCCUCCAGGUUUCUGAGCUGGCGGAUCAAAUUACUCAGCUGGUAGCGCCAACAUCACAGCCUCUUCUUCUGGAGAAACUCCAGCCACUUCAAAGGGCUUCCCGUUUGGAAAGGAUGUUGCAGAUGAAAGCAAGUGAAUUUCAGUUUGCCCUUUUGCAACUAGAGAGCUUUGAGAAGUGUUUAGAAAAACUGGAAAAUCACCUUAAAGUUUAUACAGAAGCACAAGAUCAACUAAAUCAAGAAGAUAACAGCUCAGAUCGUCUCAUGAGCCAGAUGUUGGGCCUCACUGCUUUGACACCUGAAAUGGAGACUCUAAAUGAAGUCAGUUUUAAGUUGCCUCUCAGCGAUGUCACUGCAAAGAGAUUGCAGAGCCUGAACUGGCAGUGGUCCCAGAAGACAGCCAUGGUUCUGGAACAAUGCAGUGAACUGCAAACCAUUCAGGCAGAUGACAAAGGGUUUCUCCAACAAUGUCAAAACUGGGUGCAUUUCCUGGAGAGAAUGAAGGAGGGUUUGAAAGAGAACGUGGCAGGCACACACGAGGGGCUGAAGGAGCAGCAGAGAGAAUAUGAGAUACUGCAAGCAGAGAUUUCUGUUCAUCAGCAGAUUUUUAACUGUAUUAUGUCCAAAGCUCUUCAAAUGCUUGAAUCAGGAGAAGCAGAAAACCGGACCGAGUUUAUCUCCAAACUCACCGUGUUGAAGGAACAAUGGCAAAGUGUGGUCCACAUGGCUCAGAAGAGAAAGAGCCAGAUUGACGCCCUUGUAAAGCAGUGGCAGAAAUUCACAACCUUGUCUCAGGACCUCGCAAGAUUCCUCACAGAUACAAAUGGCUUGAUAGCUGCUACAAAGAGCCAGGACAAGUACAGCUUAGACCAAGUCAGGAAUCUGAGCCAUGAUUUCAAGAACACACAAAUCCUUCUUCGGAGAUGGCAAAGCAGGUACUCAUUGGCCUUGGACACGGGUGGAAAUUUACUUGGGGUAGCAGCCCCUGAAGCAAAAGCUGCCGUUCAACGUGAGAUGAGCCACUUGCAGGAGAACUGGGGCAAUACCCAACUUCAAGUGGAGAAGAUGACAAAGCAGCUCCAAAGCACUAUAGAGACUUGGGAGAAUUGUGAAAAACAAGUGGAAGAGUUAAGUCACAAUCUACAAAAGCUCAAGGCAGAAGUAAAAAACCCUCUUCCAGAAGAACAUGAUGAACUGCAGGCAACCAAAGAACAUAUCAAGGACCUGGAGCAGUCCCUUGCCAACUGGAACCAAAGGGCAAAAGAGCUUGGCACCAGGAAGGCGGAUCUGGCUCACUACCUCCUUGCGGAAGAUGUGAUGGUGCUGAAAGAGCAAGUCCAGCAUUUGCACAGACAGUGGGAAGAACUCUGUCUCAGAGUUUCUCUGCGUAAGCAAGAGAUAGAGGACCGACUUAACGCCUGGAUUGUGUUCAACGAAAAGAACAAAGAGCUCUGCUCUUGGUUGGUGCAGAUGGAGAGCAAAGUGCUUCAGUCAGGCGACAUCAGCAUUGAAGACAUGAUAGACAAGUUGGAGAAGGACUGCAUGGAAGAAAUCAACAUGUUCAGUGAAAACAAGCUAGUUCCUCUCAAGCAAAUGGGGGACCAGCUGAUCAAGGACAGCAACAAGAGCAGAGUGGCUGAAAUUGAUGAGAAACUCAACAAAAUUAAUGACCGGUGGCAACAUCUCUUCGACGUCAUUGGAGGACGGGUGAAGAAGCUGAAGGAGACUUUUACAUUCAUACAGCAGCUGGACAAAAACAUGAGUAAUCUUCGCACCUGGCUGGCCCGCAUUGAGUCUGAGCUCUCCAAGCCUGUUGUUUACGACAUCUGUGACGACCAAGAGAUACAGAAGAGGCUUGCAGAACAGCAGGACCUUCAGCGGGACAUUGAACAGCACAGCGCAGGUGUAGAAUCGGUGUUCAGUAUCUGUGAGGUCUUGCUGCAUGAUUCAGAUGCUUGUGCCAAUGAGACCGAGUGCGACUCCAUCCAGCAGACCACAAGGAGCUUGGACCGGCGAUGGAGAAACAUCUGUGCCAUGUCUAUGGAAAGGCGAAUGAAAAUUGAGGAGACCUGGUGCCUAUGGCAGAGGUUUUUAGAAGACUACUCUCGCUUUGAAGAUUGGCUGAAGACAGCAGAAAAAACAGCAGCAUAUCCUAACUCUUCUGAGGUUGCAUACACAAAUGCUAAGGAAGAACUCAAGAAGUUUGAGGCAUUUCAGCGGCAAAUCCAUGAACGACUGACUCAGCUGGAGCUGAUCAAUAAGCAAUACCGGCGAUUGGCCCGAGAGAACCGCACAGAUUCAGCCAGUAAACUCAAGCAGAUGGUGCACGAGGGCAACCAGCGCUGGGACAACCUGCAGAGACGUGUUGCUGCCAUUCUCAGGAGACUUAAGCUUUUUACCAAUCAAUGGGAGGAAUUUGUGGGCACAAAGGACAGUGUCCUCGUGUGGUUGACCGAAAUGGACCUGCAACUGACAAAUGUGGAGCAUUUCUCAGAAAGUAACUUUGAUGACAAAAUGCGGCAGCUAAAUGGUUUCCAGCAGGAAAUAAUGCUCAACGCCAAAAAGAUUGACCAGCUCACUGAAUUUGGGGAGCAUUUGAUUCAGAAAAGUGAGCCAUCAGAUGCUGUUGUGAUUGAAGAGGAACUAGAAGAACUCCAUAAAUACUGUCAGGAUGUCUUUGGUCGCGUCUCCCGAUUCCAUCAGAGAUUGGCAAACUGGCACUCGGGUGUAGAAUAUGAAAAGGAGUCAUCUGAAAAUAAGGCCGAUGCAGAAGACUCAAGAGGACUGCAGCACGAUCCAUGGCACAAGAAAGCUUUGCCGGAUGUCCCACCACCCCAGCAGUCUCUCUGCCACCUCAUGCCCCCCGCCAUGGGUCAUGAGAGGUCAGGCUGUGAGACGCCCGUUAGCGUGGACUCCAUCCCGCUGGAGUGGGAUCACACAGGAGAUGUGGGGGGCUCUUCCUCUCCAGAGGAUGAGGAAGAAGAGCCAUACUACAGUGCACUCUCGGAUGUAGAAAUCCCUGAGCAUCCCGAGGCAUAUCUUAAAAUGACCACAAAAGCUUUGAGAACAGCUUCUGCAGGAACAUCUGCCUCUGAAACACAUACGUGGCACUCUCCAGAAAGCCCAGCUUGUCGAAAACAUCCGUAUAACCAAAGGGAAAUGGUUAGGAGUGUCCUAACUAACAGUCCGGAAACCAGCACUCCUUACAAACCAGGCUAUGGGAAACAACUAAGCACUGGAAGUAUUGAUAGCAUAAAAGAGAUCCCUGGGAUCUUGCCUACUGAAGACGCCCAAGGUAGUCAGAACAUCAUUGGUGUUGCAGCUGUUGAGAAACAGCCAGGCUCCAUGGAGAGAUGGGAGCUGCUUCAAGCCCAAGACCUCAGCAACAAGCUGAGAAUGAAACAGAAUUUGCAGCAGUGGCAGCAACUGAACUCCGACCUCACCACCAUCAACGCUUGGCUGGACACCAUGGAAGAAGAGCUGGAAGGUCUCCAGGAGGCUGGUCCGGCCAACAGCAUCGAGGUCAUAGAACAGAGGGUCAAGAAGCUGAAGGAUAUGCUUAAAGCCUUUGAUAAUUAUAAAGCCCUUGUGCUGUCUGUCAAUCUGACCAGCAAGGACUUCAAGCAGGUAGACAGCACCGGGUCCAAAGAACUUCAGAACAGACUUCGGCAGGUUAAUUUUCGCUGGGAGAAGGCAAGCCUUUUAAUGGGGAACUGGAGGAAGAGUUUGCAAGAAGCUCUGAUGCACUGCCAGGAUUUCCAUGAGAUGAACCAGAAACUUCUGCUGUGGCUGGCUUGUGCAGAGACACGCAGACAUCACGCACAGGUUAAGGAUGCAAAUGCUGAUCCUCACAUCAUACAGGAGAGUCGAAAGGAAUUAAUGCAAUUAGAAAAGGAACUUCUGGAACGGCAACUUCAAGUAAACACUCUGCAGGAGAUCUCCACUCACUUGCUUGACAAAUCAGGUGGAGAUUAUGCAGAAGCUGAUGAGAAGGUCCAUGUCAUUGGGAAGAAGCUAAAACAGCUCCUUGAAGGAGUUUCACAAGAUUUAAAGGUUUCACAAGGAAGCCAGGACAUAAGUGCAUUUCAGACGCAAGGGAGUGAAGUAGAUUCUGGAAGGUAUCACCAACUCUCAGAGAAACCUUCCACCUACAGGCAUAAGGGCGACAGAAGGAAAUCAUUGGAGAAUAAGAUCAGCAGUAAUAUUAGAACGGAGGAUGGAGACGAAGCCCGUCCUGCUGCUCCCAAGACCCUUUCCUUCUUUUACCGAGUUCUGCGAGCCGCCCUCCCUCUCCAGCUGCUCUUCCUCCUCCUCCUGCUUUUGGCUUCCUUGAUCCCUUUUUCCGAGGAAGACUACAGCUGUACACAUGCCAACAACUUUGCCCGGUCUUUCUAUCCAAUGCUGCGCUACAUCAACGGACCUCCGCCAACUUAAAAUCCCCUCCUCUCUCCAUUUCUUUUGCACUCAACCAAAAUUAAUUUUCCUCCCUGGGUGCUCUCUGUGUGCCAUUACCAUAAGGCCAGGGAGUCCACUUAGUGGAAAUUGCUCUGUGACUUCCCAUCCGAGUCCAUUGGCACUAAUGACUCUCAAUAAGAACAUCCCACCUUAAAAUCUCUAUUGCAGUUGACAGUAACUAAGAAGAUUGACCUUCACCUUAAUUUUCUGCUGUCUACACAAGGGAGUGCAACCUUAGUCUCCAUAUAGAUCCUUUAGUGAUUUCAAUACUUGAGAUGGGAGGGGAUUGAGUUUUAAUUAAUCAUAGUUUUGUACAGAAAAAAUGCUAUUUCUAUAUAUUUUUGAACUGUAAGCAAAAAAGCCUGGUACUUUUGCACAAUGUGUGAUCGGUCGGUCAACAAUUAUGGUGGAUGAUCCACUGAAUGAAAAAAUUGGUAUUAUGUCAGCAUUAAAACAACUUCCCUACUUAAUCAUCAUUGCCCACAAUCUUCCAGAAUGAUAAGCCUCACUAGAACUAAUGGGAACAGUGCAAUUUAAUUGCAAUGGGUCUUGUAUUGAAGGGUGCCCUGAUGGAUUGAGCCCAUAGCUCAUAAUGUGAAGAGAAGCCCUUCCAAUGGCAAGAACGGGGAUCACAAAUCUACAGUUGUAUUUUGGUACUGUGCAGGGAAAGGUUUAAUUUUUAAAAGAAUAUUUGUUAUACUCUAAAUAUUUUAGCAGCAUACUCUCUCCAAUUAAUGUAUAUAUUUCCAAGAGAAAGAUUUUAGUACGUAGAAACUGCUGCCUUGUCUGAAGUCUCCUUUUUUUUACUAUGUUUUUCAAUAUAUCUGUAUAUAAAAAGAAAUGUUGCAUGGAGAGGUGGGUUUUAUUGUUCAAAGUUUUCUAAAGAAUGGG